CGAGAGAUGAUCAGCAGAGAGCUUUCACCAAAUUGGGUGACCUAUGCGUCUCUUUUAAGGGCCUAUGGUAGAGCUCGCUACAGUGAUGAUGCUCUUAAUGUUUAUAAAGUGAUGAAGGAGAAGGGGCUAGAGUUAAAUGUAAUUCUUUAUAACACCCUUUUAGCUAUGUGUGCUGAUGUUGGUAACACUGACGAAGCCGUUGACAUUUUUGAAGAAAUGAAGAGUUCUGAAACCUUGAAGCCCGACAGUUGGACCUUUUCAUCCAUGAUCACCAUAUAUUCCUGUAGCGGGAAAGUCACAGAGGCAGAAGCAACAUUGAAUGAGAUGUUGGAGGCUGGUUUUGAACCUAAUAUCUUUAUUUUGACAUCACUCAUCCAAUGCUACGGGAAGGCAAAACGCACUGAUGACGUUGUUAGGAUAUUCAAUCAACUCCUAGAUUUGGGUAUAACACCAGAUGAGCGUUUCUGUGGUUGUCUCCUGAAUGUGAUGACUCAAACACCAAAGGAAGAACUUUGCAAGCUUGCCAAUUGCAUUGAGAGGGCUGAUGAAAAACUAGGGUAUGUGGUAAGACUUUUGGUGGAGAAGCAAGACAGUAGUGAAAACUUCAAGAAUGAAGCAUCAGAACUUUUCAACUCAAUCGGUUCGGAUGUAAAGAAGGCUUAUUGCAAUUGCCUGAUUGAUCUUUGUGUGAACCUCGAUCUAUUGGAGAGAGCCUGUGAGCUAUUAGACUUGGGGAUUACACUUCAGAUAUACAUAGGUUUACAGUCAAGGUCUCAAACCCAGUGGUCUCUGUAUCUCAAAGGUCUGUCUCUUGGGGCCGCUCUGACUGCAUUACAUGUUUGGAUCAAUGACCUAUCUCGGGUAUUGGACUCUGCUGAGGAGCUUCCACCGUUGCUUGGAAUCAAUACUGGACAUGGGAAACAUAAGUAUUCAGACAAGGGUCUGGCAAGUGUAUUUGAGUCCCAUUUGAAGGAAUUAAAUGCUCCAUUCCAUGAGGCCCCGGACAAGGCUGGCUGGUUUUUGACGACAAAGGUUGCAAUCAAGUCAUGGUUGGAGUCUAGGAGUUCAUCCGAGUUAGUUACUGCUUAGAUGUCGGCUGUUUAGUUUACUGACAAAGCUCAUCACACUGAAAUGUAACGUCAAAAACUGGAAAACGGAAAGAAGUUCAAUAUUUUUUGGAGGUGACAUUCGAUACUUUAUACUGUUGAGGCUGUGGUGCAAUGAAGAAUCUCACAGACCAUUGACUUCAAGGUAUUUAGAUUAUAAAACAUAACUAAAGUAGCGGUGUCUUGGCUUGCACGUCAAACUUCCUCACACAUGAAAUGAUCAAAGCCACACAACACUAAAAGUUCGAUGAGAGUCCGAAUUCCUAAUUUCAUCACUUGUAUUUCUCUGUGCGAAGUUUAUACCAGACAAUGAGAAAUUGCAUAAAUAUUAAAUGUUAUGUUCCAUCUGCCCCAAGACCAAGAGACGAUUACAUUUGGCUUUCACACUGGCUGCAAGCGGGUAACAACGCCCGACCGUAUAUGCCAUUGGCACCCGACACUACGCUAGAACCCGGUGAGGUUUACAAUCUCGUGCCAGACCUUGCAGGUCUCCUUGGAAACCCCUUGGUUCCUUCAAAAAUAGUCCGCCAAGAAGGAUGCAAAAGAAAGAAGAUUAAGAUCGUGGUGACCAGGGAACAGUUGGAGUUGUUGAAGAGUGCGACCAAGCUCCGGUCGAGAGAAGAUGGUGUUCGAUUGUCAGGGAGGUUUCGGCUGGAGCCUCCAAAAUGGCAGCCUUCUUUGGCCAUCGUUCUUUUGAAUGAUGGGAUUUUGGAUUUCUAUCUCUCCCUCCAGCGUCAUUUGUACAUUUUUAAGAAUAGUAGAACAGAUUACUCGGUACUAUAUAUAAUGGGUAUUCAUAGA